UUUUUUUAUUUGCUCCGUUUUCCCAUCCCGUUAUUCACCGGCCAACGCCUCCAGCCCCCGUCCCGCUCCGGCCGGGCUCUGCUGCCCCUCCUCGCCGCCCACCCGAGGCUGGGGGUCUCUCGGACCUCCCGUGCCGUGGCUCUGCGUGGACAGGACGCACCCGCACCCCUGGGGUGGGGGUCAACCCCUCCCCACCAUCCCCCUCUCAAUUUUGGGGUCCAGCUCCCUCCCCGCAGCCCCCGGGGCUCUGCCUCGUGUUUCCCCCUCCUCCCCCCAGCAUCGCUGGGGCUCAGCCCGGAUCCCAGCGCAGGAUUUGAUGCCUCGUGGGUGCCCCGCACCCCCCGACCCUCGGAAAGGCUGGAGGGGGCUGGGGUGGCUCUGGGGACCCGCGCGGAGCCCCCGCACGCAGCGAGCCCCGGCCGCACGUUGGGGGCCGCGUGCUGCCAAAUCCGCCCACCCCCCCUUUCCCCCGAACCGCGGCGCGGGGGGAGCACCGCGGGUGUCCCAGCGUGGCCGUGACACCCAGCUGGGUCACCAUCGCCAACCCCGCACCCCCGGGAUGUCCCCCCGCCCCACCGGCAAAACCACCGCGCGUGGCCCGCGGGGACAUCCCGGGGGUGCAGCAUCCCCCCCGCUGCCGGCUGCGUUUCCCCCGCUGGAAAAAAAAAGAAAUAAUCCCCUCUCUUCCCACAUCCAGCUGCAAUGCAGAGGAGCUCCCGAGCCUUCCCUGCCGCCCUGAUUGGCGGCGGCGCCUCUGGGAAGGGGCCGUGGUAAUUUUAGGCCGUGAGCGGCACAGGUUGGCAUGUGCCCGCGGGCACCGGGCACGGCCCGGAGGCUCCGCCAGCGCCGCCCCGCCGCUCUCGUUCCUCCCGGGAGGAGCGGCACCCACAGCCCGCGGCAGCCGGGGAUGCUGCGCGGAGCCCGGGGCACCCCAAAUCCAUCCCCGCAGCAUCGCGGCCCCUCCCUGAUGUGCGAGGAGCACCCCACGCCGGGACGGAGAGAUGGGGCGUCCCCAAACGCCAACGCACCCCCGGAGGGGGGAUCCUUCCCCUGGGGGGGCCCCAAGACGGUGGCGCUGCGGAAAAGCCCCCAGGGCGGCUUCGGCUUCACCCUCCGCCACUUCAUCGUGUACCCCCCGGAGUCGGCCGUGCACUCGGCCAAGGAGGAGGAGAAUGGGAACCGGGCAGGUCCCGCACGGAGCCGCCUGGAGCCCACGGACACGAUCUUCGUCAAGAGCGUGCGGGACGAGGGCCCGGCGCACCGUGCGGGGCUGCGCGCGGGUGACCGGCUGGUCAAGGUGAACGGGGAGAGCAUCAUCGGGAGAACCUACUCCCAGGUGAUCGCCCUGAUCCAGAACAGUGACGAUGUGCUGGAGCUCUCCAUCAUGCCCAAGGACGAGGACAUCCUCCAGCUGGCCUAUUCCCAGGACGCCUACCUGAAGGGCAACGAGCCGUACUCCGGGGGGGCUCAGAGCAUCCCCGAGCCCCCUCCCAUCUGCUACCCACGGAAAACGUACCCCUUCCAGGCCCGGGGUGCCGAGCCCGCCCCGGGCCAGCCGCCGGACCCCCGCGCCCCCCGCUCGGCCACCACCGGUCCCUCGUCCCCGCUCGGCGCCCGCAGCGAUCCCGGCGGCAGCCCCGCGCACCGCCCCGAGGAACCGCAGCCCGGGGGUGUCCCCCCGCGCCCCACCGCACCCCACGGGCACCCCGGCUCCUUCUCCCGCGCCGCCUGCCCCGCCAGCAUCGCAUCCUACGGGGUGUCCCCCGCCGCCACCGCCUCCUACGGAGCCCCCAAACAGCUCCCGGAGCACCGGACUCACUGCGGCUUCAAGGAGGGCCUCGGGGGGCUCUCGGCGGGGCUCUCGGGAGCCGGGCGGCCCCCGCGGGACGUGCCGGGUGGGCAGCGUGUGCCCGGUCGCCAGGAGUGCCAGCAGGCGCUGUCGCGCUGGUUCUGCAGCCAGGAGCCGCGGCGCAGCGCCUCGGAGGAGCGGCGGCGCGCCAUGCCCCGUUACCGGAGCGUGUCCCACGACCGCCUCGGGGGCUCCGGGCCCACGGCCCCGCGGGGCUGGCCCCACAGCGCCUCGCAGGACACGCUGCUGCAGCCCAGCCGGGAAGGUUGGGCCCCCCGCGCCCGCUCCGAGCAUUACCUGGGCAGGUACGGGCGCUCCAUGGAGGCGCUGGAGCCCGGCGCGCUGCUCUCCUCGCACCUCGAGCGCUCCGCCGAGAGGCUCUGCCGAGCCGCUGUCGCUGUCACCGCCACCUCCACCUCCGGGCAACCCAUCCCACCCGGUUCUUUCGCCGCUUCCUCCUCCUCUUCCUCGUCGCCCUCCUCGCAGAAGCAGCCGUCGCAGCCCAACCUGCCGAGCGCGGAUGACUCGGGCUACAUCGGCUACCGCAGCUACAGCCCGUCCUUCCAGCGCCGCACCGGGCUGCUGCACGCCCUGGCCGGCCGCGACACGGCUUUUGGAGGCCUGCCCACCUUCAGCAUCGCCCAGCGAGCGGUGGCCCCGCUCAGGGACAGCGCGGCCGGCACCGCCACCCCCGCCGCGGCCACCUCGGCGGGGCCCCGGGAGGCUCGGCCGCCCUCCGUGUCCGAGCGGCCGGAGGAGCGCCGGGACGAGGUGGUGCUGCGGCAGAAGCCGCCCACGGGCCGCAAGAUGCCCCCGCCGCUGCGGCAGAUGAAUUUCGUGUUCCCCGAGGGGGUGAAGGACGCGGACAUCGGUGACCCCGCCGGGGCCGCGGGCAGAGGGGACCGGCCGGGCAGCGAGCGGCCGGGCCGGCGAGUGGCUCCCUUGGCGGCCCCCGAGGACUCGCUGGCGUCCAUCCCCUUCAUUGACGAACCCACCAGCCCCAGCAUCGACCUGAAGGCCAAGCACGUCCCGGCCUCCUCGGUGGUGUCCAGCGCCAUGAACUCGGCGCCCGCCGUGGCCACCAGCCCCGCGUCGCCCACCUUCGCCUUCGCCCUGUCCCGGCACUACUCCCAGGACUGCAGCAGCAUCAAGGCCGGCCGCCGCUCCUCCUACCUGCUGGCCAUCACCACCGAGCGCUCCAAGUCCUGCGACGACGGUCUGAACGCAUUUCGGGAUGACGGGAAGAUCCUAAGGAGGAUGCCCAGCCGGGUCCCCAGCCUCCGCAUGCUGAGGAGCUUCUUCACCGAUGGGUCUCUGGACAGCCUGGGCGCGUCGGAAGACGCCCGCUCCAAACGACACUCAACCUCCGACCUCUCGGACGUGCCGUUCAGCGCCGUGAGGAAGGAGGGCUGGCUCCACUGCAAGCAGAUCCUCACCAAAAAGGGGAAGAAGGUCGGUGGAGGCAUCCGGCAGUGGAAGCGCGUCUUCGCCGUGCUGCGCGCCCACUCGCUGUACCUGUGCAAGGACAGGCGGGAGGCGGUGACCUGCGCCCCGGCCCCAGGUGAGGAGGAGCCGCCGAUCAGCAUCCAAGCGUGCCUGGUGGACAUCUCCUACAGCGAGACCAAGAGGAAGCACGUCUUCCGCCUGACGACCGCUGACUUCUGUGAAUAUCUCUUUCAGGCAGAGGAUCGGGAAGACAUGCUGGCCUGGAUCAAAGUCAUCAGGGAGAACAGCAAGGCUGAGGGCGAGGACCCCGGUUUUGCCAGCCAAGCCCUUAUCAGCAAGAAGUUAAACGACUACAGGAAAGUGAGCCCUGCGGGCGCCAAGCCCGACUCGUCACCCAAGGGCCCUCGCGGGCUGGGGAUCCGAGCCGAGUUCCUGAAGCAGACGGGAACCAGCGCGCCCCGGUCCCCCAGGCAGGACGCAGCCGUCACAAAAGAUGAAAGCAGCUCCCAAAAAGCCCCGUGGGGCAUCAACAUCAUGAAGAAGAACAAGAAAUCUGCCCCGCGCACCUUCGGCGUGAGGCUGGAGGAUUGUCAGCCUGCCCCGGACAACAAGAACGUGCCCCUGAUCGUGGAAGCGUGCUGCAAGGUGGUGGAGGACCGGGGCUUGGAGUACAUGGGCAUCUACCGCGUGCCCGGCAACAACGCGGUGGUGUCCAGCCUGCAGGAGCAGCUCAACAAGGGAGCCACCGAGAUCAACCUGCAGGACGAGCGGUGGCAGGACCUCAACGUCAUCAGCAGCCUCCUGAAAUCCUUCUUCCGAAAGCUGCCCGAGCCCCUGUUCACCGACGAUAAAUACAAUGACUUCAUCGAAGCCAACCGGAUCGAAGAUGCCAGCGAGAGGAUGAGGACGCUGCGGAAGCUGAUCCGGGACCUGCCAGGCCACUACUACGAGACCCUCAAGUUCCUGGUGGGUCACCUGAAGACCAUCGCCGACCACUCGGAGAAGAACAAGAUGGAGCCCCGGAACCUGGCGCUGGUGUUCGGCCCCACGCUGGUGAGAACCUCCGAGGACAACAUGACCGACAUGGUGACGCACAUGCCCGACCGCUACAAGAUCGUGGAGACGCUCAUCCAGCACUCAGACUGGUUCUUCAGUGACAAAGAGGACAAGGGUGAGAAGACCCCCGUGGAUGAGAAGGAGGCUCAAUCCGUGCCCAACAUCGAGUACCUGCUGCCCAACAUCGGCAGGACCGCGGCGCCCGGCGAUGCCGCAGGCUCGGCCCGCAGCGGCUCCGCCAAACCGAAGGGCACGUGGCCGUCGCGCAAAGCGCCGCCGCACCGGGAGCUCCUCGCCAUCCCCUUCGUCUCGGCCGCCGCCCGCAAGAGGAAGAAGAGGAGAGAGGCCGAAGGCGUUGGGAGCAGCACCGACGACGACGCGGAGCGCAGGGACAGCCCGGGCCGGCAGCUGGAGCGGGAGAUCCCCGCGGUGACACCGGGCAAAGCUCCCCGCGGCACCAGCACCGAGCCGGCGGCUCCGGGCCCGGCCGGGACGGAACGGGAACGCUCCGGCGAUCCCGCGGGCACCGGCUCCGAGCCGGCACCGGACGCCCGCUCCAUCGUGUCCGGCUACUCCACGCUGUCCACCAUGGACCGCAGCCUGUGCUCCGAGGUGCACUCGGUGGCCGGGAGCCGCGGGGAGGAGGCGGAUGACGAGCGCAGCGAGCUCAGCCACAUGGAGACGGACACGGAGAGCCGCGAGGGAGCGCGACCGGGACAGCCCGGGGGACAGGACGGGACAGGCGACGAGGACAAGUCACCCCUGGGCCGCCCCUCUUUCAGCUCGCACCGCCUGAUGCAGUGCGACACGCUGGCCCGCAGGAAGCUGGGGCGACAGCGGCCGGCCGGGGACACGGCGGGGGUGGCCGGCGGCCACGAGCAGAGCUGGGUGGCCACCGGGCGAGCGUCGCUGCGGGAGCAGCUCCGGCAGCACCUGCGGGGCUCCGCCGAUGACUUUGGGGUCCGCCUGCGCCGGGCCGGCUCCCCCGAGAGCCGCCGCAAGAAGAGCGGCUGGCGCCGGCACACGGUGGUGGUGCCCGGUGGCCUUAAGGACCUCAACUUCAACGAGUGGAAGGAACCGCGGGGACACGAGGGGACAGCGGGACCCUGUCGCGACAAGGACUCGGGGCUCAGCAGCCUGGAGUCCACCAAAGCCCGGCCCGCGGUUUCCCCGCCGGCCCCGCCCGGCGCUGCUGGCCCGGGCACGGCCACCGAGAGCCCGGCCGCCGGUAGCCCCGGCCCCGCGGCGCCCCGGCGCUUCCCGCAGUGUCUGUGACCCCCCCGGGCCGCGUUUAAUUUAAGGACUGUCCCUUGUCGCCGUAUUUAAUUGUGCUCUGGAUGAGCUGUUGGCGUUAUUUAACAGGUCCCGGUGGCCGCGGAGGGGACAAGAGCCACCGCGUCCCCCACGCUUUGGGGACCGGCGGUGGUGCCACCGCACGGUGCCCCAGUCCCCGGGCAGUGCCAGGAGGGGCGUGGGGGGCUCACGGGGACUGUCCCCAGGGGUGGCACUGCUGUCCCAGUGCGAAGUGCGGGCACUUCCCUGAGCGCUGCGGCUGCUCCGGAUGGGACCUGGCCCGGGUUGGGGACACUGGGGACACUGGGGACCUCGGUGUCACAGACCCUUGGGGAGCCUGGGGACAUCAGGGUCACAGACACCUGUGCUGGGGACCUUGGGGACCUCGGUGUCACAGUCCCUUGAUUUGGGGAACCCUGGGGACCCUGUCAGAGACCCCUGCCCUGGGGGAACUUGGGGACAUCAGGAUCAGAGACCCCUGCCCUGGGGGACCUUGGGGACAUUAGGAUCAGAGACCCCUGCCCCGGGGGACCUUGGGGACAUCAGGAUCAGAGACCCCUGCCCCGGGGGACCUUGGGGACAUCAGGGUCACAGACACCUGCCCUGGUGACCUUGAUGACAGACCCUGGGGACAUCAGGGACCCUGGGGACAUCAGGGACCCCAGUGACCUCGAUGACAGACCCUGGGGACAUCAGGGACCCCGGUGACCUCAAUGUCAGACCUUGGGGACCCUGGGGACUCUCCAUGCCCUGAGAACGUUUUGGGGUCCCACCUCAGAGACCCCUCCCCGUGUGCUGGCAUCCCUUGGGGACCUCAGCGCUGUCACCCUCACCUGGGGGGGCUCUGCAGAGCUGGCACUGACAGGGGACACCCUGUGACAGGGGUGGGGACACCGCCACCCUUUUCCCUCCUGGAAUGUCCCCGUUGUCCCCUCCCAUCGCUGUCCCCUUCCUGUCCCCCCCCUCAAGGCCAGAAGCACUUUAGGAAGGGAAUUGGGGACAUCGGGAGUGGCCACAAGUGCCACCACCUGGUGUCACACCCUGUCACCGGUCUCUCCGUGUCCUUCUCGUACCUUAUGCAAAUAUUUGCUGUAAAGUCGUUGGGUUUUUCCUUUUUUUUCGUUAUUUUUUGGGUUUUUUUGUUAUUUUCUUCCUUUCCCCGUCCCUGUAAAUAUCAUCCCAGCCCCUGUAACAUAUCCCAAAGGAUUUCUAAGGAUUUUUUAAGAAGUUUUGCUCAGCCAGCCCCGAGCAGGGGACGUGCUGGACCAGUGGUGACUUUUUAAAACCCUCCUGCAUGUCCCCACCCCCAAAAAAAAACCCCAAAAAACCCCCAUAAAAAAACCCCUUCCCACCCCAAUUCCUCAAUCUGCAAAACUGCAAAAAAAAAAACUCCAAACCAACCCAAAAAAUCCCCCUUGCUUUGCCCCCCUCCCAGCUCCAGGCUAUAUAUUGGAAAUAAACUGGUUAUUCAAGGUUU